AUGGACGACCACUUCGACGUGGAGUGGCGCCAAGACGCGCUGGGCCUGCGCUUCACGCCCAACCAGAACGACCAGCCGGUGGUGUGCCAAGUGCCGCCCAACGCCUGCGCCGCCGUGCUGGCGUCUCCGCUGGCCGUGGGCGACGUGCUCGUGGCCUUCGACCUGCAGCAGUCCGAGGGCAUGCAGCCCGUCAAGGCCUUCGACCAGCUGGUGACGGUGCUGCGGCGCGCCAAGCUGCCGGUCACGCUGCGCUUCCAGUCGCGGGAGAAGGAGAUCCCGCCCAAGGUGGACGAGGCCGACGUGGCCCGCAGUUACGUGUUCAGCUGGCUGCCGCAGUCGCCUCUCGGCGUGUCGUUGGCCAUGGACCCGUGCUCGCUGCACGCCGCCGUCACGGCCAUCGACCCCAACAAGAUCUCGCCGGCCUUCCAGAACCUCAUGCCGGUGCUCGGCGACGUGCUGGUUGCUAUCGCCCCGGACAGCGACAACGGACCAGUGACGCGUCUCGACGAGAUGCGCUUCGAGGACAUCAUCCAGACGCUGCGCCAGUUCCCGCGGCCCUGCCGCCUCACCUUCGCGCGGCUUGCGGAGGAAGACUCGUCGGGCUCGGACGAAGAGAACCUGCUCUUCCCAUCCAGGCCCCUGGCGCCGAUCACGCGACCCAAGGCCACCUCGUCUUCGACCGACGGAGGCGAGGAAGCGACGGACAUUCUCCGCCCCCCGUUCCUCAUGCGACCGCAGACCCGCCCCAUGUCGCGCUCCAGAGCGGGUGUACCCCCUCCUACUCGGAAACUGAUCCCAAUCUCGAAACGCCAGAGCUUCCGCAUCGACAAGCCGAUUCCCGAUGGUAGGGCUCACUCUGGAUCUACCGCGUCCAAUGGCGGCCGAUCGCAUGCGGGUUCCACCGCCUCGAACGACGGCCGACCGCACUCCGGAUCGAAUGCAGAUGACCGCGGGUUCUACACCGUCGUGUACAGCGGUGGAGCGGUAGGCCUGACGCUGCGCGACUGCACGCAGGACGACAAGGGCUUGACCAAGAGCAAUGACAAGACCAACCGCACGAAUGGCUACACUGUGGCAAUCCGAACCGUGACGAACCCCAACUCCGCCCCCGGCCUGGAGAACGCGACGCCGGACGACCUGCUCAUGGCCAUCGGCCAGAAGGACCUGCAGCACAUGUCGUUCGACCAAGUUCGCGCUGAGCUCGGAGCGAUCCAGGGACCGACCCAACUUCUGUUCAAGAAGCGCAAGCGCGUCACUGCCAGCUCCUCGGGCGCUUCGCUGGUCGACACGUUGCUGCUCUUCCUCGUGUAA